AUGGGCCAAUCUGUAACCACCCCUUUAAGCCUCACUUUGCAGCACUGGCGAGAUGUCCAAGACAUUGCAAAUAACCAGUCACUGGACAUUCGGAAGAGACGUUGGGUAACUUUCUGCUCCUCGGAGUGGCCCACAUUCAAUGUGGGCUGGCCUCGGGAUGGAACUUUUGACAUCAAUGUUAUCUUACAGGUGAAGGCCAAGGUGAUGGAUCCUGGCCCUCACGGGCAUCCAGACCAGGUCGCAUAUAUUGUGGUUUGGGAAGCAAUGGUUUAUGACCCACCGCCUUGGGUCAAGCCCUUCAUCGCCCCAAAUCCCCCUACCCUCACUUUCUCUGCACCCACUCUACCCCCUCCACUCCUUCCCACCCCUACGGGACCCCCGCCCCGCUCCUCCCUCUACCCAGCCCUCACCAAGUCCUCAGGAUCCCCUAUCCCCAAAGUUUUGCCUCCAGAGGACGACUUGCUAAUGGACCUCCUCACGGAGGAUCCUCCCCCGUACCAGGAGCCAGCCCCGCAGUCUCCGAAUGAGGCUGACCCCACUGAGAGAGAAACGCCUGCCUCUCCUGAUCCUUCGCCGAUGGCCGCGCGCCUGAGGGGACGGAGGGACCAGCCGCAUGCAGCAGAUACAACCUCCUCACAGGCAUUCCCUCUCCGCACGGGAAUGAACGGCCAAUUGCAGUACUGGCCAUUUUCCUCCUCGGACCUUUAUAACUGGAAAAAUAAUAACCCUCCUUUCUCUGAGGACCCCUCUAGGCUGACCGCAUUGAUUGAAUCUAUCUUGAUCACCCAUCAGCCUACAUGGGACGACUGCCAGCAGCUGUUGCAGACCCUGCUGACUUCGGAGGAACGGCAGAGGGUCCUCCUGGAAGCCCGGAAGGAAGUCCGGGGACCUGAUGGCCGCUCCACCCAAUUGCCUAAUGAAAUAGAUUCUGCCUUUCCCCUUGAACGCCCCUCUUGGGAUUUCACCACGGUGGAAGGUAGGAAUCACCUAGUUCUCUAUCGCCAGUUGCUCAUAGCGGGUCUCCACAGGGCGGCUCGACGCCCAACGAAUUUGGCUCAGGUAAAGCAGGUUAUACAGGGGUCAGAGGAAACUCCCUCUGCGUUCCUUGAGAGGCUUAAAGAGGCUUACCGCAGGUAUACUCCUUAUGACCCCGACGACCCCGGACAGGAGACCAAUAUCUCCAUGUCUUUCAUUUGGCAGUCAGCCCCAGAUAUCAGGCGCAAACUGGAGCGCCUAGAAAACCUCAGGGAAAGUUCACUCAGGGAUCUGUUAAAGGAGGCAGAAAAGAUUUUCAAUAAAAGGGAGACGCAGGAGGAGAGAGAGGACCGCCUCAGGAGAGAAGCAGAGGAGAGAGAGGACCGCUUCAGAAAAGAAGCUGAGGAAAAGGAAAAAGAGAGGGAUCACAAGAGACAUAAAGAAAUGACUAAGCUUUUGGCCACCGUAGUGUCAGGGCAAAGGCAGGAUAGACAGGGAGGAGACAGGGAAAGGCAACCCCUUGACAAGGACCAAUGUGCCUACUGCAAGGAAAAGGGACAUUGGGCAAGAGAUUGCCCCAAGAAACGGAGAGGGCCCAGGAGAUUCGGGCCACCCCGGACCUCCCUCCUGACCCUGGACGAUAGGGGGGUCAGGGCAAGGAGCCCCCCCCCUGAGCCCAGGAUAACCUUAGAUGUUGGGGGGCAACCCGUCACCUUCCUGGUCGACACAGGAGCUCAACACUCGGUGCUAACCAGGGACCCCAGACCCCUGAGUGACAAGUCUGCCUGGGUCCAAGGGGCCACUGGUGGAAAACGAUACCGAUGGACCACGGAUCGCAAGGUUCACCUAGCAACCGGUAAGGUGACUCAUUCUUUCCUCCACGUGCCCGACUGUCCAUAUCCGCUCCUAGGAAGGGACUUGCUCACAAAAUUAAAAGCUCAAAUUUUCUUCAAGGAAACCGGAGCACAGGUAGUUGGCCCUCAGGGACAACCCUUACAUGUGCUGACUCUCAGCCUAGAAGAUGAAUAUAGGCUGCAUGAAAAAGAUAGUACCACUGCGGCCCCCACUGAGGCUUAUUGGCUGGACCGCUUUCCCCAGGCAUGGGCAGAAACCGGGGGAAUGGGGCUGGCCAGACAGCAGCCCCCUCUAAUGGUAAGCCUCAAGACAACUGCUACUCCUGUCUCGAUUAAACAGUACCCCAUGUCUCACGAGGCAAGGGAAGGAAUAAGGCCUCACAUCAAAAGGCUUCUUGAUCAGGGAAUAUUAGUCCCCUGCCGGUCCCCUUGGAAUACCCCCUUGCUGCCCGUGAAAAAGCCAGGAACUGGGGACUAUAGACCUGUACAGGAUCUAAGAGAGGUCAAUAAACGGGUGGAAGACAUACACCCGACAGUUCCUAACCCCUACAAUCUGUUAAGUGGACUGUCACCCUCAUAUACUUGGUAUACCGUCCUGGACCUCAAGGAUGCAUUCUUCUGUCUGAGACUGCACCCCAAAAGUCAGCCUAUAUUUGCUUUUGAAUGGAAGGAUCCUAAAUUGGGGAUUUCGGGACAGCUGACCUGGACCAGGUUGCCUCAGGGUUUCAAAAAUAGCCCCACCCUGUUCGAUGAGGCCCUACACCGAGACUUAGCGGAUUUCAGGGUGAGGCAUCCUGGCCUGAUGCUGUUGCAAUACGUUGAUGACCUCUUGCUAGCUGCUACCUCGGCUCAGGACUGUAAAAAAGGAACCGAAGCAUUACUACAAGCUUUGGGGAACCUAGGGUACCGAGCUUCUGCCAAGAAGGCCCAAAUAUGCCAACGGCAGGUCACCUACCUAGGGUACCAAAUCAAAGAAGGACAGAGGUGGCUAACGGAGGCCAGGAAAGACACAGUUAUGAAAAUCCCUACACCCCGGACACCCCGCCAGCUGAGAGAGUUUCUAGGGACAGCGGGAUUCUGCCGGCUCUGGAUCCCCGGAUUCGCGGAACUGGCAGCCCCUCUGUACCCACUGACUAAGCAGGGGGUGAUGUACUCAUGGGGAUCGGAUCAGGAUGAGGCUUUCCAGAAAAUCAAACGGGCUCUGCUCACAGCCCCAGCCUUAGGCCUCCCUGACCUGACUAAGCCUUUUGAUUUGUUUGUUGACGAGAAGCAAGGAUAUGCAAAAGGGGUCUUGACCCAGAGGUUGGGGCCCUGGCGGCGGCCAAUAGCCUACCUAUCCAAGAAGUUGGACCCCGUGGCCACAGGAUGGCCCCCAUGCCUCAGAAUGGUAGCAGCAGUGGCAGUCCUCACCAAGGACGCUGGCAAACUGACUAUGGGCCAACCUUUGACCAUCCUGGCCCCACACGCAAUUGAGACUCUAAUCAGACAACCCCCAGAUCGCUGGCUCUCCAAUGCCCGCAUGACCCAUUAUCAGGCCAUGCUCCUGGACUCGGACCGAAUCCAUUUCGGACCAGUGGUGGCGCUCAAUCCUGCAACCCUGCUACCACUCCCAGAGGAGGGGGAGAUGGAACAACACGACUGUCUCGAGAUCCUGGCGGAAAUGCACGGGACCAGACCGGACCUGACGGAUCAACCCCUCCGGGAUGCGGAUGUCACCUGGUACACUGAUGGCAGCAGCUUUCUGCGGGAAGGUGAGCGAAAGGCGGGUGCAGCGGUAACCACGGAGACCGAAGUGAUCUGGGCACAGUCUCUGCCUGCAGGGACUUCUGCGCAGCGAGCAGAGCUUGUCGCCUUGACACAAGCUUUGAGGAUGGCAGAAGCUCAUUUGCAGGCACUCCAAAUCGUGCAACGUGAGGUCUGGAAACCACUUGCUGCAGCCUACCAGGAGCAAUUGGACAGACCAGUGGUGCCUCAUAACUACCAGAUUGGCGACACCGUGUGGGUCCGCAGGCAUCAGGUUAAGAAUCUGGAACCCCGCUGGAAGGGACCCUAUACCGUGCUACUGACCACCCCGACCGCGCUGAAAGUUGACGGCAUCGCAGCCUGGGUCCACGCGUCGCACGUCAAAGCAGCCAGCCCUCCUGACGAAACCACAACCGGGGCAUCAUGGAGGAUCCACCGCACACAAAACCCUCUAAAGAUAAGACUCUCCCGUACCUAGUCUUGAUGAUGCUCAUAACCUCCCCCCGCGCCCUGGGAGAACACUCAGUCUCGCCCCACAUUGUGGGAAAGAGCACCUGGACCCUCAUAGUAGCCGGUACAGAUGUGAUUCUCAAUGUUACAACCAUGAAGGGACCCAAGAAUCUAGG